GCUUGUAAACGUAGGCAUUGGUGGACUAAUUCACGGCUUACUCUUCACAAGAGGAAAAAGCCAUCCUUUGACCUCUCUCUCUCUCCCCCCUCUCUUUCUAUUUAUCUCCAUAAAAUUAUAUAAUAAAUUAAGAUUCUUCCACAUAUACACAUAUAUAUAACAAAUAUUAUUGUUUCCAUUCCUUCCACUCCAUCCACUCUCUCCUCUCAUCACUCUCUCUCUCUCUCUCUCUCUCCUCUCAAUAUUCUCCUCUAGUGUUGUUCUCUUCUUGUUCUUCAUGGGCACCCAAGAAGAAGAAGAAGAAGCCAUGGAUUGUAGCACUACCAACAAAGACGCGAACGGCGCGUUCGACUACGAAUUCGCUGCGGUCGCGGUGGCGGUUACGAAGGGCAAGCGAACCAAACGCUGGAGGAUUCAUCCCCCGCCGUUCGACUACGAAUUCGCUGCGGUCGCGGUGGCGGUUACGAAGGGCAAGCGAACCAAACGCUGGAGGAUUCAUCCCCCGCCCCCUCAGGUGCCAACUGCUGCAGUUGAGCCUGACUCCUCCUCCUCGUCAGACUCGUCGGCUGCUGCUGCUGCAGCUGACGAGGAGGAUGAGGAUGAGCUAGACAUGGCCAACUGCCUCAUCCUCCUCGCGCAAGGCCACCGUGCCGAGCGCUCUGAGCCCGACCCGGGCCCGACUCCGUGCGACACCUACAAGUGCAGGACCUGCGACAAGCGCUUUCCCUCGUUCCAGGCCCUCGGCGGCCACCGCGCCAGUCACAAGAAGCCGAAGCCUUCCCCGCCGCCCGCAGCCAACGAAGAUGUCCAGCGGACGAGUGUAGAUUCUUCUUCCUCUAAACUGGCGACCGCCGCCGCAGCAAACAACAACAACAACAACAACAACAACAAUUCGAGGGUGCACGAGUGCGCGAUAUGCGGGUCGGAGUUCAACUCGGGGCAGGCGCUCGGCGGGCACAUGAGGAAGCACCGGCCACUGGGGGUCGUUCCUGCCGCGGCAGGGCCGGCGGUGCCGCCGGCGGAAGAAGCAAAGAAUAAGGAGAGAAUUCUUCUAUCUUUGGAUCUCAACCUCCCCGCGCCUGCCGACGACGACAGCGCCGGCGGCAGCAAAGAGCUCCAGAGGGCGCCGCCUUUCGGACUGUCGAACAACCCGCCGCCGAUGAUCUUCUCGGCCUCCUUGGUCGGUUGCCACUACUGAAUGAAUUCAUUGUUUCGACUUUUUGUUCAUUUUAGGUUUAAAGAUAUCGUGUACAACUUACCUUGAACAAAAUUUGGUUUUACUACACAAAUUUUCAAUUGUUUGAUUUGAAUCAAUCAGUAGUAUUUUGACUUCAAAAUUUGAAAAUAUUAUUAUCUUUACAAAUUUAGUUAGCAUGCUUCAUAUAAUUCUCGCAACUAUGAAUUUAUUAAAAUAAAAAUUUUGAAAUUAAAGUAUUAUUGACUAAAGCAAAAUCAAAUAAAUUGAACAAAUUUGCUCAAAUUUGCUCAAAUUUGCUCUUGUGUGUGUGUGUGUGUGUGUGUAUGUGUGUAAAGGGUUGGGAACUAAAUGGAGAGAAGUGUAUGUGAAUUAGUUUUGAUA